UCUUCUCUUUCAGCUGGUUCACUGAAGUGCUACACGUGUACACUGCAGGUCAGCAACGCCAAAUGCCAAAGAGAGACGGACUGUGACGGAAAUGCCAAAGCCUGCCGUACUGACAUGCUGCGUGCCGUCGGCCUUCUCAGCGUCAUCACCAAAGAGUGCUCGUUGUCCUGCGAGGGGGUCUACAAGGACUACACCGUGGCCAAAAGGAACAUCUCUUGCUGCGACGCCGAUCUCUGCAACCGCAGUGGAGCCAGGGGCUUUGGAAUGAGCCACGCCAAGGUGGCCUGGGCGGUUGGCACCAGCUUGGCCUUGACUUUUCUCAGGAGUGGACCGUGA